ACUUGCAACUUAGUAAUAUACAUUCAAACAAAUGGAGAAGAAUCAUCAGUCUAACGCCGAUCCGAGGCAGUUCUUCUAUCUUAUAUCUUGUGCUGUUGUCGAAUUGAAAGAGACCAAGGGUGAUGAUGAUAAAAACGAUAAUGAGAAAAUGACACCAAAUUUAUCUCAUGUGGGAAGUGUUAAAGAUUUUUCCAUUAUAUAAACCCACGUUUUCCCCUGUAAUGAACAUGCGAUCCCAAAUAAUACUGACCGCGCCAUGGAUGCUUUGCACUAUCUCCUUGUGUUAGUCUCCCUCCUUCUCAUUCUCUACCAACUCACUGUUCCUAAAAGAAUUGAACGUAAAAACGUAUUGCCUAGGCCUCCUAGUCUUCCUAUAAUAGGUCAUUUCCUCUUCAUAAAAAUGCUAUUAAAAUUGCCCCUGCAUGAAGUUCUUAAUAAACUCUGCAACAAGUAUGGUCCUUUAUUUCUUCUUCACUUAGGUAAACGCCGGACACUGGUACUCUCCGCUCGUUCAGACAUUGAAGAAUGCUUCUCAAAAAAUGAUAUCAUCUUUAGCAACCGUCCACUCUUGCCCUCAAGAAAGGUUGUAGAGUACAACUUCACUACCCUUGGAGCUCCAUAUGGCAAUCAUUGGCGCAAUCUCAGACGUUUCUUUGCCGUUGAAGUACUCUCACCAAAGCGUCUCCAACUGUCUUCAACCAUUCGCACUGAAGAAAUAAGAUUUAUGAUCAAAUAUUUGUUCCAAACAUCUUUUCAAGGAUUUGUGAAAGUAGAAUUGAAUUCGUUUCUUUACAUGUUGGAUUUUAAUAUAAUAAUGAAGAUGGUUGCAGGUACUAGGUGCUUCGAAGAAAAUGAAAUAGACACGGACAGAGGCAAAGACAAAUUAGAUGAUCUUAAGCAGUCGUUUAGUCCUGUUGAGCCAUUGGCCUUGGGUGACUACUUUCCGUUUCUGAGGUGGUUGACUUGCUAUGGAGCGGAGAAGAAAAUCCUAAACAAGUUUAAAAAGAGAGAUGCUUUUUUGCAGGCUAUGCUUGAUGCACGUCAAAAUCUUGAUAAAACUCCUUCAGUUAGUGGUGGCGGUAGCGAGAUUGAUCAAACCAUCAUUGAUGUUAUGCUGAAGCUAAAGGAAUUUGAACCUGAAUUCUACAACGAUGAUGUGAUGAAAGGAAAUAUGAUGGCAAUGCUAAUGGCGGGCACACACACCACGGUGAUUACAAUGCAAGCAGCUAUUUCACGGCUUAUAUCACAUCCAGAGAUCUUGAAAAAAGCAAGGGACGAGAUUGACAACGUGGUUGGACAAUCCAGAUUAUUAAAUGAUGAGGAUCUUCCUAAUCUUACGUACCUUCAUUGCAUUAUUAAUGAAACACUCAGACUUGAUGUAUCAGUUUUACCUCCACGUGAAUCGUCGGAGGAUUGCACAAUUGGAGGUUACCACAUCCCGCGUGGCACACAGUUAAUGGUAAAUGUAUUGACCUUACACAGGGACCCCGAAUUGUGGACAGAGCCCAAUAGCUUCAUGCCCGAGCGUUUCCUACAGAAUGAAAAAGGAGGAGGGUUUAAAUUCGUCCCAUUUGGUAUUGGUAGAAGGAUAUGCCCUGGCUCAACAUUAGCCAUAAGACUAAUGACUUUAUCACUGGGGACCUUGAUACAGUGCUUUGAGUGGGAAGAGGCUGAGACCGAGGACAAGAGCCAAGGUGUGGCAAAACACAAGUUGAACAAGCGAAAAAAGUGUGUGAAGAUGAUAUUUCGACCUCGUGAAGCACUUACUCAAGUACUUGCUCAGCUUUGAAUUGACCUGUAACUUGUCCUUUGGAUUUCUUUUUUAACGUUUAAUUCAAGGUAGUUGUAAACAGAAGCAAAUGCAUUAACACCACCACGCUUCAUUUUACCCAAUGCCCCAUAUCACAAUACAUAUUCAAACUCGGUAGGUGUUCACAUUAUGCUCAAUGUCAUACUCAUCCGUUUCCUUUUUCUAGUUUGAUAAACAUGUCGAUUUUGAGGUAGCAAUCA